AUGGGAGGAAUUUCUGCAAAGACUUACAUGGGAUGGUGGGGACACAUCGGUUCCCAGCCUCAGAAGAACGUGGCCAUCUACACUGUUUCUCCAUACGCCACCAAGCCUUUGAAAGGUGCUUUGUACAACUCUAUCUUCAACACUUUCAGAAGAACCAAGAACCAGGCUUUGUUUGUGAUCAUUCCAGGUGUGAUUGUGUGGAACGUCUGGACCACUGCCAGAGACUACAACGAGUACUUGUACACCAAGGCUGGUAGAGAGGAUUUGGAGAUUGCCAACGCCUAG